UUAGAGAAACAGAAAUGUUAUCUUUUCAAAAACUGUGUUUGGUUGAAAUGGGGACCCAGUGGCCACUGGGGCUUAACAUACAUCUCAUAACUGACAUCAUCCACAGUGUAGUGUGGGGGUGUUUUAGGGUGGAGGGAGACACUGUCAAACGUGGCCGAGCAGUCCUCCUUCCUUCACUCUGACAUGAACGCUCGGGGCCCACGAUGACAUGAGUUCCUCCCUCAACUCAGGCAGGUCCAGCAGGUGAACUGCAGAGACCUGGGCCACAGGGCGUCUCCCAGGUGUCAGGCUCACCAGACCUGGGUGGGACUGGAAGCCAAGAAUGUGAGGAGGUGGCGCAGGGGUCCCUCUCCCCUGCCUGCCUGUCCCUCUCAGCUCAGCCUCACCUGCUGUGUCCCUAAACCACAUUGCAUGUGGGCACCAUGGAGGCUCAUCACCCCAGCCAGAGUCAUGACCUUGACCUUCCCAUGUUCAGUUAGUGGAACACAACCACAGCUCAACCGUUUCAGGUCAACACACAGAGCUACAGAACAAGGUUUCAUAAAGGUGCUCUGGAUCCUUGUCCUGUGCAGCAUGUGAAUGAAAUGACCAAAAAUGUAAAACCUGCCAUGAGGUUGACAAGUCUUUUCAAUAGAGAUGGUCACGUCAUGUAUUCAAGCACCUGCACAUGAACUAGUUUAAUCACUGUGACGGCUGGGAAAGGGAACACAAGGGAGUAGAAAGAAAUCCAUUAGCAGCAAAUAUGAAGUUUAAUGUUCAGUGAGAGGAAGUAACAACCCAAAGCACCCCACACACGGGAGGACAUAGGUGGUGGGAGGUCACACGUGACGCAGGUACAAGGAGAGACACAGCCCCCUGUGAGACGACUGAAGCCAACGUAACCCUGGAAUGCAGCAGGGACACUCAGACAGGACAGAAUUUUGUUCUAUACUUUCUAAUGGAUUUGGAGGGAUGGGAGAAGAUGCAGAGAAGAAAGUCACGAGAGAUUUACAUUUUUACAUCGCAAAAGUUUGACGUUAUUUAAUUUAGGAAAAGUCGUAAGAUCUGUUUUCAUGGUAAAGAAAUGGUUGGGUGACUACACAACCAUGAAGGAAAUAAAACUGGGGGGGAAACUGUUCCUACCUAGAUAUUUCCAUACAGACAUGGGAAUGGACAAGAGGAAACGUGCUGAGAUUUACUGAGAAAUGAAGGGGUCUGUGGCAUGAGCACGUGUCUACACCACUCUGGAGCAUGGCUGCUCAGGGGGUGUCCCCAUCAGUGGUGUCCCCUUUAGGCCAGACCACCUGGCUUGUGCAUCGGCAUGGCCCAGGCACCUGGGGGGCAGGGCUCCUAACAUUCCGUGCACCCACACAGAAUUCUGUUAUGGCGACUGAAGACCGUUACGUGGCUCGCUGAGCUCCACUGGCUCACUUUUCUUGGGCUCUGAGCUAUAGUCAGUGACUUCAGCUCUGAGCUCCGGUGUCCUGAGCCUGAUUGACUACAAAGUGAAGGACUGUUGAGUGCUGUGGGGUGUGGAUCACGUUUUUCCAAUAUCCCUGGCUGUGCUUCUCCUGCCACAGCGGCCAGCAUGGCAGGGUCCCUCUGCUCUCUGUCCAGGCAGAGGGCACAGAUGGACAUCUGGGAACAAAACAGGGAACUGCGCUCCCAGCUGGUGGAGGCUAAACAGCAGGUUCUGGACCUCAGGGAGAAACUGGACAUUUCCGAAUCAACUGCUUUCUCCCUGGCCAACCAGCUGCAGAAAUACAAGUGUGGCAAGUUCAGGGAUGUCCUGGAGUCCGUGCUGGGGGUGAGGCUGGACUUCUGGGAGGAGGAGUGGGCAGAGAUGCCGACCCUGGAGGACGAGCUCAGGGAAGCCAACAGGCUCAUUGACCAGCAGGCCCGAGAGCUGACCCGAUUGAGGCAGGUGUUGUGAGAGGGGAGAGAUGGCUCAU